GCAGAGACACGGAUGCAGGACGGUGGCACGUGCCGGCUGUCUCGCACCCCGCAGGCCGGGAGCGAUGGGGCCACAGGGAGUCGGGGCCCUCCAGGCCCCCCGCCAGACCCCGGGCAACUCCCGGAGCUGCUCCGCCUGAACGAGACAGGCCGCCUCAACCAGGGGGCCAUCUGCGGCUUGGUGCGCGCUGUGGACUGGAGCACGAAGGGCGCGCAAAUUGCUGCACAUCCACCACAGCUGCUAACUCCAGCUGAAGUCCUAACCAGGGAAAGUAAGGGGAGUAGCUGUGCAGGUGUCUUCAACACCCCUACCCAGCAGGUACCAAUGACCAACAGAUGUGGUCUGGAGUUAAGAGGGGGGCACAACCUGGAUAAACUGGAGUCAUUUCUGGAUUCACUGCCCUGCAGAGCACAGAGCAGGCACAGAUAGGCUGACUGCUCACUGAUCUAGGUUAUUGAUAGUAAUACGGGCCAAAACUCUGAAGGAUCACUGAUAGGUCUUUCAUCAGCGUUGGAUAUUGAUCAAAGUUAUUUAUGGGUCAUUGAUGGUCACUGAACUUUGGUUUUCAGAGAAACUCCAAUUGGAGUCAUUAAUAGGGACUUCAUCAAAAUCACUGUUGGGUCUCUGAUCAAUCAUUAAUGGGCCAUAGGAUAUGGGUCAAUAUCCCUGAAGGGUCAAACCAGUCAUUAAUGAGGACUUAUCAGAGUUGUUCAUAAGUCUCUGGUCAUGGUCUUGGACACUUUUCAUGGUUGCUGAUGACAGCAUCAGUACAGAGAUCACUGAAGGUCACUGGGAUUUUUGAUGCAGGGGAAUUUGGCCCGAUAUAAGGGCUACUGGAGGGAGUGGGCUGCUGUCCUGUGGGUCCCAACAGGAGGCUGGUUCCUGUGGAUGGACUCCUGUAUGAAGCCAGCGGUGUCAGCCACCGUUAACAGGCCGCUAUUCAUUACAGGUAGCCUGUCCCCAGGCUCUGGGUCUACCUCCUGUGUAUUAAAGACGCCUGACCUCUGACCACACAAAGUCCAGAUCCCCAACAGGGGACCAUGGGACCUCCCCCGAAACAGGUGAUUUGCACCAACCCCAGGGUCAGUGUCCGGUCAUCACAAGAAGCUGGACCACCGGGGCCCCUGGCUGGUUCAGCUGACAGAGUAUGCAACUCUUGCUAUCCGGGUGGUGAUUUCAAGCCCCACAUUGAGUGUAGAGAUUAUUU